GACUAUCUUGCGGGAACCAUGUACGUUCAGUGAAAUCCAAGGUCCCACCUGAGACACUAACAUGUUCAGCGAAAAGAACAGCACUCCUUUGUCCCAGAAACCAAGCAAGAAGAAAACAAGGCCGCAGGGUCUCCCUUCCCCAGCUCUUUGCUGCGCCUGUGGACUGUGCAUCAUGCUCGCAGGCAUUAACAUCACCCUGGUGGGAGCAUUUGCUUUUGGGACAUUCUUGCCUGUCAACAACCCUCCCAUUGUCAUCGGCCCUAUCCUUUUGGUUGUGGCAUUCACUUUCUUUGGGGCAUGCUGCAUCUGCAGCCGGAGACCUCCUGCGCACGGUGCAAGGAAAUCUAAACCGGGGGCCAAUAUCGGGCUCAUCAAACCUGGGAGCACAGCUUUCGAAAUUGAAACCAGCGAGCACACAGUGCAAGACACCACAGCCGUGCAACUGAGCCCAACCAACUCCCCCGUGUCCUCCAAAAGGUCUACCCCUGUCCACGAGAAUUCUAAGACCUGCAAACUUUUUACAAUGGAUAGCAAUGGGCCGGCAGCCAAAUACAUAGCAGGUGGAGAAUCCAUACAAUUGAAUUUGCCCAGAGACAUGGGCAUGUCAUAAAGCCAAACUGGAGAAUAUUUAUGAGUAGCUGGGCAGCAGGCACUUCAGCAUGUGACCAGAUGGUUAGAUGAGCUUGCAGCACACCAAGCAUCUGGGAUCCAGUUUAGUGUUGGCCGACACGUGCAUCAGAAUAUGUUGAGAAAUUUAAAGGAAAGGCAUAAUAAAGUAGCAAUUACUUAGAAAUCAAUGCACAGCUGAAGUGGGAAGUGCCAGGCACUUGUGUGGAAGGACUGGAUUUUGAGCAAUGCAAUUAAAGUGAAAGAUAGCACAUACGAAUCAACAGGGCACAGCUACUGAAAACAGCACAGCCUCUGGAUCUCAUUCAUUAUUUUAAUGGGUUUAUAAAUAAUAAUAUGGUGGUCAGAGUCUGGUGAUACAAGAA